AUGCCUGUCGAACUGCGCAAACGCCCUCCCCCAAAGGAGCCAGCUGCCCCACCCCCGCCAGCGAAACGAGGGGGCAGUAGCAGCAGCAGCAGCACGGUAAAGAAGCUCGCCGGUAAGGCCAAAGCCGCCGUGACGGGGAUCGGGUCGUCGAAGUCAACCAAAAAGAAGGCUGGGCAGGAUGCGGCCAACACCUCUGCCGCCAUUCCCGAAACCGUCCCGGCCACCGCAGGCGUCAGCGACGAAACCAAAGCAGAGCCAACGGCGAACGGGAGCGCCGUCCCUGCAAAAGCAACUGCCUCCGGGAAGCUGAGUGUGGGUGACAAGAUCGACCUGGAGGGCUUUGGCGGCACGGUGCAGACGCACGACGGAACCAGCGUGACUGUCAAAGACUUGGUCGACAAGAGCGGCGCCGGCAUCGUCAUCUUUACGUACCCAAGAGCGAGUACGCCGGGUUGCACCAACCAAGCUUGUCUCUUCCGGGACAAUUAUGCACCCAUCACGGGUGCAUCAUUCGCUGUGUAUGGAUUGAGCACAGACAGUCCCAAGGCGAACACGACGUUUGCAACCAAGCAGAAGUUGCCAUAUCAGCUCUUGUGUGACUCCAAUGCGACUUUGACCUCUGCCAUUGGCAUGAAAAAGCCAGGGCCCGGCAAAUCUACCACCCGCGGAGUCGUCGUCAUUGAUAAACAGGGAACACUCCGCCUCUGGGAGCAAGCCGGCCCUGCCAAGACGCUCGAAGUAGUUUUGGAAUAUAUCAAAUCUCAGGGUACGACUGAGACGGAGGCUCCCGCUGCAGUGGCCGCACCACCUGCAGAUGAGCCAGUCGCGUCUGAGAAUGCAAUGAAGCUUGCAGACCCAGACACCAAAAUGGAUGAGGUGCCGCUUGUGAGGACCCCCAGCAGAGCGGAGCAGGAGGCCGCUGAGACAGCGGCAGAAGUGGGCGAGACAGCGGCGAAGAUCGAUGCUGCUGAGGAAGAAGCAAAGCCAUGA